AACACACACACACACAGUCUCUCACACACUGAGAGAGAGGAUGAGCAGAGUGAGGACAGGGACUGAGGGAGGAGCCGAGGACAGGGACUGAUUUUACAACCUGAGAACAGACACGAGGAGACAGCGUCACACCGGAGCGAGCACCUGAAGGGUUGGAGUUUUGGAGGCGGACUUUAUUUAGGACUGACCCGGUAUCAGAGACCCACCAACAUACUGGAGACUUCAAUCUCUCUCUCUCUCUCUCUCUCUCUCUCUCUCUCUCUCUCUCUCUCUCUCUCUCUCUCUCUCUCUCUCUCUCUCUCUCUGUGUAAGUAAAAGGACAGCAGCAGCAGGAGGAGGAGAGAAAAAGGUCUGAGGGAUGUUUUGGAUGUUUUGAGCAUCUUCUGGACUGAAGAGACUGAAGAGCUGCUGAGCUGCUGAAGGUCCUGAAUGGAGAACAAGGCGAUGUACCUGAGCACGUACGAGGAGCGGGAUAAUGGCUCUUUCUAUGAGGAGGGCUAUGAGGGCCGGAACCUCUCCAAACUCAACCUCUGUGAGGAAGUGGGCUCCGGAAGCCGCAGGAGAAAGACAGACAACUGCUGUGGACACUUGGACUCGUUGUCAGCCAUCAAAUAUGCCAUUGUUUCUCUCUAUAUCCUGGUCCUGCUGAGCAUUUUCGGCUUAUGCAUUGCAGUGUCCAGGACCCAGGCCUCCUCAGAGAAGCAGGAGGCUCUGCUGGAGAAUGUGACCCGUCUGGGCGACCGCUCCGAGGCCCUGCAGGAAUCUCUGGGCCAGCUCCCCUCCCAAAGCGACCUCCUGGAGAACAUCUGGAAGCUCGAGAGCCUCUUUCACAACCACAGCGAGGAGCUGCAGCAGCUGGGGCGUCUGGUGCAGGGUCUGGAGCGGGACGUGCGUGAUCUGCAGGCUCACACUGAGCACAUGUCAGGCUCUAUGGCAGAGAUGGAGGAAAACUUGGGCACAGGCAGCCUGUCCAGCUGGAGCAACAGCAGCAGCCUGGGAGCAGCCCUGGCCCACGCAGCCGCCUCCAUCCACAGCCAGGACACCAUGCUGCGGGAGACGGCGGGCCGCGUGGACAGCCUGCGGGAGCGGCUGGAGGAGGUGGGCUGGACUGUGGGGUCCAUCAACCACUCGCUCAGCAGCGACGUGGACGUGCAGCGGCUGAUGACGGAGCAGCUGCAGGUACAGCUCGGCAACGUGACGCACGACACCAUGAGCAUGAAGGUCAUGCAGAUCCACCUGGAGGAGCAGAUGAAGAACGAGAUCGAAAUCCUCAGCGUUAUCACUGAGGACCUGAGGCUUAAAGACUGGGAGCAUUCCAUGGCACUGAAGAACCUCACCAUUAUUGAGGGCCCACCAGGACCAAAAGGUGAUAAGGGAGAUGUGGGGCCUUUAGGACCUGCAGGACUGCCCGGCCUAUCAGGCUUAAGAGGUUUACCAGGGGAAAAAGGUAUCCAGGGUCCUCGGGGGCUUUCUGGUCCAGGCGGUACUGAUGGUCAAAGUGGGGAGAAAGGAGAUAUGGGACCUCCGGGGCCCAAAGGCCAGAGAGGAGAGAGAGGACUCAAGGGAGAGAAGGGCGAUCGAGGUGGCCAAGGAGAUAAAACAGUGGAGAACUCUCUGGUGCGGUUGGUGAACGGCUCUGGACCUCACGAGGGCCGGGUGGAGGUGUAUCACGAGAGCCGCUGGGGGACAGUGUGUGAUGACGUGUGGGAUAAGAAGGACGGAGACGUGGUGUGCAGGAUGCUGGGAUUCCGCGGAGCAAAAGAAGUUCACAAAACCGGACGAUUUGGACAAGGUACUGGUCUGAUCUGGAUGGACGAUGUUGCCUGCAUUGGUACUGAGGACACCAUCCAUCAGUGCAAGUUCUCUGGCUGGGGCAAAACCAACUGCGGUCAUGUUGAGGACGCAGGGGUGACCUGCAACACUUAACCCUUCCCUACCCUCCUUCAUCCUGCCCUGUGUUUUUGACUGAUCUACCUAUAGGACUGCAGCACGGCAGCUGAUUGGCUGGGAAAGAUCAAAGGGGAGGUGUCACGCUCUUCUCCAGGACAUCACGGGCUAAAUGGACCUGACAGUUUGUGAAAGCUUGGCUCGGGCCGGGGGUUGUUGAGGGGCAGUGAGGUCAGAGAGUUUUCCUGGCAUGCUGGCAUCACCUCAACCUACACACUGCCAACUGAAACAGCACAGGGCAAACACGCUGGCAUGAGAACACUUAGAGUCUUCACAAAGAAACCAGCAAACGCCCUGCAUUUCAAACAGAGGGAACAGGAGCAUACAGACCAAUGUGCCUUUUUACGUAGUUUUUGGUCAUGAGCGAAUAAACAUGUUUCCGGCGCAGCUAGAAAUGCCACUCUGCCUGAAUAAGGUUGGGAAUAUGUGUGUGUGUGUGUGUCUGUGUAUAUAUGUGUGUGUGUUAGGGUUAAAACUAGGGCUGCCCUCAAUUCAGGCUGGAUUUACUACACAGCAAAUUCUGGACUUUGGAAUAAACUUCCUGAGAGUUAAUAUCGACUCAUUUUAAGUGUAUAUGAGUGACCAUCGAAUACACUCUAUAACAGAGUUAGUAACUCUUUUUUGGGAGUUGGCCUUUUUAACUCUGUUUAGGAGUAAAAUCUAAACUGUUAUGGGAGUUUUACUAGAGUAAAAUACAGCACUCAGCUGUAUUUCAACUCCUUUACAGAAAAAUGUGUGUUAUUAAACUAAUAUUAUUAAAAACAUUGUAAUUUUUA